AUGGAUAGCCCCAGUCUUCGGGAGCUUCAGCAGCCUCUGCUGGCAGGCGCCGGCUGUGAGCCCCCUGCCCAGAAGCCAGGCAAGCCUGAGUUGGGGCCCUCCUUGAGAGAGACCACCUUUGCAGAGUCUCUGAGGGGUUGGCAGCCCUCACCACCACCUCUUCCCUCUGUGAGCGCUGGCCUGGGGGAGCUGGGGCACCCUGAACUUGAGCAUCCUCCCCGACAGCAACAAGAACACUCAUCCUUGGAUGACAAGCCCCGCUUCCCAGGGGCCUCUGCGGAGUUUGUUGACAAGUUAGAAUUCAUCCAACCCAAUGUCAUCUCUGGGAUCCCCAUCUACCGUGUUAUGGACCGACAGGGCCAGAUCAUCAACCCAAGUGAGGACCCUGAGCUAUCCCAGACGGAGGUGCUGAAGUUCUACAAGAGCAUGACGUUGCUCAACACCAUGGACCGCAUCCUCUACGAGUCCCAGCGGCAGGGCCGAAUCUCCUUCUACAUGACCAACUACGGUGAGGAGGGGACGCAUGUGGGCAGUGCAGCCGCCCUGGACAACACGGACCUGGUGUUUGGCCAAUACCGGGAGGCAGGUGUGCUCAUGUAUCGGGAUUACCCGCUGGAACUGUUCAUGGACCAGUGCUACGGCAAUAUGAAUGACCCUGGCAAGGGCCGCCAGAUGCCCGUUCACUACGGCUGCAGGGAUCGCCACUUUGUCACCAUCUCCUCGCCGCUGGCCACACAGAUCCCUCAGGCGGUCGGAGCAGCGUAUGCAGCCAAGCGGGCCAAUGACAACAGGGUUGUCAUCUGUUACUUUGGCGAGGGGGCAGCCAGUGAGGGAGAUGCCCACGCCGGCUUCAACUUUGCUGCCACCCUCGAGUGUCCCAUCAUCUUCUUUUGCCGGAAUAAUGGCUACGCCAUCUCCACGCCCACCUCGGAGCAGUAUCGUGGGGAUGGCAUCGCGGCUCGAGGCCCUGGAUACGGCAUCAUGUCGAUCCGUGUGGACGGCAAUGAUGUGUUCGCUGUGUACAACGCCACAAAGGAGGCCCGGCGGCGGGCGGUGGCCGAGAACCAGCCCUUCCUCAUUGAGGCCAUGACUUACAGGAUUGGACACCACAGCACCAGUGACGACAGCUCGGCCUACCGCUCAGUGGACGAGGUCAACUACUGGGACAAGCAGGACCAUCCCAUCUCACGGCUUCGACACUACCUGCUGAGUCGCGGCUGGUGGGAUGAUGAGCAGGAGAAGGCCUGGAGGAAGCAGUCCCGCAAGAAGGUGAUGGAGGCCUUUGAGCAGGCUGAGCGGAAGCUGAAGCCCAACCCCAACCUGCUCUUCUCGGACGUGUAUCAGGAGAUGACCGCCCAGCUCCGCAAACAGCAGGAAUCCCUGGCCCGCCACCUCCAGACCUACGGGGAACACUACCCCCUAGACCACUUCGAGAAGUGA